CUUUAUUAGUUUUAGACCCUGAAACCCGAACCCACAACCUGUGCAUUGCUAGCACAAGGAAAAAUUCAUAGCCUACAUAUGGCUUGGUUUAAAGUGGCCUGUUGGUGUGUGUGUGCGACUUAACCGCACGUCCCUGGCCCAGUCCUCAGGUUGUUUAAAAAGUCAAACCAAAGCCACCGUGCACAUUCUACCGAAACGUGACUCUGAGUUGCCCCUCUCUCACAGGAAACGCGCGCGUGUGCGCUGGAACCGUAACAUCAUCUCAAAGGCGACACACGGCAUCCUGCGGUGCGCGCGCUCCCCGUGAUCGAUUGUUGUCGAUGUUUACACGGGACUGCGGAUUUGGUUUUGGGAAGGAACGGUGUCAGGAAUCCAUGUGAGGUGGCGGUCAGGUGUUGUGCAGUUGGCUGGGGCACUAUGCCAGCGGAGCCAUGCAGAGCUAGCUAUUAUUGGAGUGGAGAGGCGGGAGAGCGCGCGAACACGUGAGACCGUGCCUCAACUCAUCCUGAGCGCAUGACCGGAGAGGAUGCGAUAGGAUGGUGAAACCCAGAGGGAGAGAAAAAGAAACCAGCGGGGGGGGAUGAACAUCAAACACGCACAUAGUGUAGGGAUGCUUAGAGAAACCAUAGGCUACAACACAUCUAGGGCUAUUUCUACGGUUGUUUCAAAUGGGGGAAAUGGGAUCAUGUCAUUCUAUAUGUGAAUGUACAUAUCACAUCAUCGAUACAUUGCAUUACCCCUUGCACAGAUAUACACAGAUUUUUUUAAAUUGUAUAUCCAUAGAAUACAUUUGUACAAUUUACAUUUUUAAUUUUGUUUUAAUUUUAAUACAUUUAUUACGUAAGCAUUAUGUUUUUUUUUUGUCAUUUUCUGUUAGUAUGUGUGUUCCCUGGAAAUCAAACCCACAAACGUUUGAGCAAUUGAGCUACAUGAAAUUUGUAUUUUUCAACAUGUUUUGUUUCCGUCUAAAAAAAGUUGUGUCUAUUGCAUUUAGAGCAACGAGGCAACUCCCCUGAAAGAGCAGAGCUCACUUACAUCAUUACAUCACCUUCAACUUGACCAGUCUUGCAACAUCAAGCUCAAUCAAAUCUGUAUGAUCAGUUAUAAGUACAUUUCGACUUCUAUAUCUCUAAAAACAAUCCUUCACUCAUUCGGUCAUUGACUUGGGGAAUUACCUUGUAAAAAGUUACCAGCUUCCAAAAAUUCAUCAUAAUUAUAAACUUGAUUUAAUUAUAAAUGUAAUUCAGUGUUGCAUAACACGGUUUUGUAAAUGAACAAACAAACUGUGAUUAUGUAACAUAAUUACGUUUAUACUCAUUAAAUUAUUCUUUCAGACUGGCAGAUAAUGAUAGGAAUGAAUCAUUGCUAUAACAUUUUUGUGCGUUAAUGAUCCAGUGUAUGAAAUUUAGCGGCUCACUCCACCGCUUCCUUUUCGAAGAACCACGGUGGCCGACACAGAACUAAGAUCACAAAAUGUAGUCACAUUUUCACUUGUUUACCGAAGGAGAUAACGUAUUUAUGAAACUCUCUCUAGAGCAGUUUGUCCGUUUAGGGCUACUGUAGAAACAACAUGGCGAAUUCCAUGUAAGUGGACCCGUGCUGUAUGUAGAUAGAAAUAGCUCAUUCUAAGGUCAUAAAAACAUAACGCUACAUUAUGUAAGGUCUUUAUGUACCUCUGAAGACAUAGUUGUGAAUAUUAUAUUGCAUUUUUGUCAAUAGAUCCUCCAAAAAAUUACACAUUGGACCUUUUACAGAUUUAACUAAUUAUUGUAACCUUUAAUAUUUAAAUGUCAUUUUGAAAAAAUGAUCAUUCAUUUAAGUGUUUGGUUCUGCCUCAAGUGUCUUUACACGCCUUCUAUUUCUGUUUCUACAGGGAGUGUGAUACUGUAUGCUGGUUCCAAUGGUAGUCCCAGCCCAAGCCCGGGAAGCCCUUCUAGUGGUUAUCAAACCCAAUCUCCCUCCUCUCACUCCCAGCCCUCCUCCCCAGAAGAGGUCACCUUCACUGAGAUCGGGGCCCUCAAGCGGCAGAGAGGUACUCCAUCUUCUCCAAAACUGGUCUUUCAGUUUCCUGAUGUCUACAACAACUCCUCAGCAAACUCAAACCAGCACAACUACUCCCAUCCCAUCGCUGGCAAAAGGCCUUGUGGGUUCACCGGGACGUUCACCAAGACGGGAGGCAUGGUGCUCUUAUGUAAAGUGUGUGGAGAUAUUGCCUCAGGAUUUCACUAUGGUGUGCAUGCAUGCGAAGGAUGCAAGGGGUUUUUCCGGCGAAGCAUUCAGCAGAACAUAAACUACAAGAUGUGCGUGAAGAACGAAAACUGCAUGAUCAUGCGCAUGAACCGAAACCGUUGCCAACACUGCCGCUUCAAGAAAUGCCUGUCUGUCGGCAUGUCCCGUGAUGCUGUCCGUUUCGGCCGCAUCCCUAAGCGAGAAAAGCAACGUCUGUUGGAUGAGAUGCAGAGCUACAUGAACAGCCUCAACGAAUCAUCCACCAUGAACAUGGAAACCUCUCCACCACAGGAGCCGCCCACCAGCCCUAAUGAGAGCCAAUCCAAAGAGGCCAUUGGUGCCUUAUCCCGAGCCUACCAGGACAUCUUCACAACCACACAGGACCGCAUGAACAAAAGAGCUGGCAACAUCAACACUAGCAGCAGAUCAAGCACCUUUCAGAACAAUCCUUCUCAGGACGUCAACUACCCUCACGCUGACCCUCUUCUGGGGUACCACUUGGCCCCUCCCACCGAGAGCAAGUGUCCAGUACUAAUGGACAACAAUCGGUAUAGCUACGCUUCUUCGUUCAAUCAAAAUCACCAAUCUAGCUCGCCCCCGGCCCCGCAACCCACUCAGGCUAACUACAACAGCUACCCGGUUGGCGAGACCAAAAGCCAGACUUGCCCGUUCAAGCUACCUGCCGGCUCCAAAGUGCUGGCCUGUCCGUUGAACGCGUGCCCUGUGUCAGCACCUGGCAUCUCCAGUCAGCAGGUGUGGGAAUCUUUCUCACAGUGCUUCACCCCAGCUGUGCGUGAAGUGGUGGAGUUUGCAAAGGGCAUACCAGGGUUCCAAGAGCUUUGCCAGCAUGACCAAGUCAUGCUGCUGAAGGCGGGAACUUUCCAGGUGCUUAUGGUGAGAUUUUGCUCACUUUUCAACUACAAGGAAAGAACAGUCACUUUUCUAAAUGGGCAGACAUACCCACUGGCGACUCUCAGGGGACUGGGCAUGGGCUCCUUGCUAGAUGCCAUGUUUGAGUUCAGUUCGAAGCUGUGCUCUCUUGGUCUGGAGUCGGAUGAGAUGGCACUUUUUAUGGCUGUGGUGCUGGUUUCUGCAGAUUGCCCUGGCAUUUCGGACACAGUGGCUGUCGAACAGUUACAGGAGAGCCUCAUCCGGGCGCUGCGCACCUUAGUGACCCGUCGUCGUCCUGACGACAGCUCCCUCUUUCCUAAGCUGCUCCUGCGCCUGCCAGAUCUGCGCACCCUCAACAGCCUUCACUCUGACAAGCUGCUGGCCUUCCGCAUCGACCCCUGAGCUAUUGAUAUUGGUCGAUGCAACCGCCGCUCAACCAAAAGCUGCAACCGGCCAAUAACAGCUUACCUACUUUUAUGAAGAGGAAGAAUGAGCAUUUAGAUGAAAAGCAAGUUUCCAUAGGAACCAUUCGUUACGAAUUUUGUUAAUAAGGAACACGAUGAACAGACGCUCUCAGCGAGAUCUAAAGAAGACUGUAUCUCCAUUUAAGCUUUUACUGAUCGUUUGCAUUGGACAUGAAUCCUCUGGCCUUCUGUUCGGCUAGCCUCAAAAACAUUGUUGUUUAUAUUUUUCCCAGGGGAAGGGUUGCCAGUCAUAUCAUCAUGAAUAAACUUACCACUGAA